AUGUCGGUCAGCCGGUGGUUAAUGGCGAGCAAACAAGCAAAGCUAAUUUUGAAGGAUGCCCACCAUCCGACUGAGCAACCCACUUCCUCAACGACCGACGACACCCCUGAUUUCAACCGAAUGAAAGUUUCGCUCCAGGUACCGGACGCCCUGUUCGGUAGUUCAUUCACACUCGUUACAAACAUUUCAACUCGAAUCGGCAACUUGAUCAUGAAUUCAGCUCGUCGAACUGGCGAAAUUCUUUGGGUUAUCCAACCACUAAUAGGGAAAAAUUUGACGAUUCAGAUCCCAACUACCACCACAACCACGCGGCGGACGACUACCAGGGCGACCACAACGACUACUCCACGUCCUACUACUGCCUCCAGUGGGAAUGGCUCUGUACAGAGCAACGAAAUAAAAUAAGUUAUUUGAUUAAUCUGAAAACUAUUUGUUAUACUACUUACGACUUAUUUGUUCCUUGAGAUAGCUGGUUUCAGGUUUAGAGCAAAGAUAUUUUGAAGUUAAUGUUUUUCUUCUCAUUGUAAUUUUUUUUCUGAGCUACCGUAUUCCACAGCAUUUGUUGAAAUAUUUACCAUCCGAAAAAAAUAAAAACAAUGUUUGGGUUAUUGACUUUUUAUUCCCAAAUACCACGACUUCGCAGAAACUCAGAGACACACUUAAGCUUCAUUUAACAAACCA